UCUGCGCACUAGAGUUUGGAGGCCUCCAUAAGGGAGGACAUGGCCACUUCCCGUUUGCCGCCAGCUACGCUAACUCUAAAACAGUUCAUGAGAAGGCAACAAGUUCUCCACCUCUAUAGAAGGAUUUUGCAAGCAAUUCGACAGGUUCCAAAUGAUUCUGAUCGCAAAUACCUGAAGGACUGGGCAAGGGAAGAAUUUAAAAGGAACAAAGGUGCUACCGAAGAGGAUACCAUCCGCAUGAUGAUUACUCAAGGCAGUAUACAGCUAAAGGAGUUAGAGAAGACACUUGCUUUAGCAAAAUAAUAAUUAUACCAUAUUCAAAUCUCUAUUUUUGAUAGCUCAAAGCCAGUCAUUUGGCCAGGUAACUAGCACAUGAAAAGAAGAUCACAAUCAUCGGGGAAAUGCAAAAACCAAGAGACCAUUUAUUUCACUUCCACUACAGUAGCAUCUAUGAACAAAAAUGGAAUAAAUGUUGGUGAAAAUAUGGAGAAAUUGGAACCCUCAUACAUAGCUGAUGGAAACAAAAUACCUUCAAGCACUUUGAACAAAAACAUUAGUUCCUCAUCAGGUAGCAUGGAGUUGCAUGUGCUUUAGCAGUUCUGUAAGUAGUCUGCACAUGAAUGUUCAACGUUUUCAUGACAACCAAAUAGUGGAAACAACCAAAAUAUCCAUUAACUGAUAAAUGGAUAAAGUACAGAAUACUCAUACAAUACAAACAUUUGAUAAUAUAACCUGCUGCAUGUUACACAUAAAUGGACUUUGAUACCAUUUUAUAGGAGCCAGUUACAAAAGAUCUCAGGUGAUUCUGUUCUCAUGAAAUAUCUCAGUGGUGGUCCUUGGGCUCGAACUCUGCCUGGGCACUGACUUCAAGCCCCAGGACCAACACACACACACACAGUGAAUAUACUUAAAUCCAUUUAAAAUGCCAGAUAUGUAAGCUAAAUAAAAAAACCUGUUAAAAAGUAAUACUGAAUUUAGUAUACUGACAUCAGGAGACACUUCUGGAACUUAGUUGAAACAAUCCUUCAGCAUUCCCCUUCAAGGUUGAAAUAUGUUCUUCAGAGGUGUCAUUGCUUGAUAGCCAAGGACUCCUAAAAGUUCUGUCACUAGGAAUAGAGAUAUUUGUUGGGACACUUAAAAAGCUAAUGAGCACAUUGAAAUACCAAAAAGAAGAGAGACGACAUAGGGAGCCCUCACAACAUCCACAUGAUGCGAAUCAUUAAAGAACUGGUUACCUUUCCUCCACAGACCUGAAAAGGAAAAUUUGAAGAACACCCUCACAGACAUACAACAAGGUUGAUUGAGGUUACUUUUGAAAACUUCUAAUUUAUACAAGUAAUUUAGUGAAAGCAGGGGAGAACACUGGGACUGUCAGUCCUGCACACAACACAAUUCUGUUCGUCAGCAGAAAUUAGCCCAGCACCUGAAAGAUGAAGACAGAACUGUGCAGAUACGGGUGUGGUAUGCAGACUCUUUAAAUGUUAAACUUAUUCCCAAAGCUUA